GGCUUUCGACAACUGCGCGCAGAUGACUAUCUGAUAUGGCUCGCUAUUCUUAUUUACACAGUGCAAUGCAGCCUCGGCCUUCAGUUGAAGAACGUUGCUCAUGGCCUUGCAAAUAACGGCAUGACGGAUACGCAGCGGAGUUUACUUUCGCUCGACGAUCCGGAAUUUACAUGGAGAGUGGUUGGUUCGAAAAUUCAGGUAGCAGGCUGGACCACAGCAGCAUGCCUGCUGUGGACGCUCAAGCUCUGCAUGAUAUUUUUUUACCUUCGGCUGACAGACGGUCUUCAACGGUACCAGAUACGUAUUCAAAUUGCAGUGGGCCUCGUUGUUGCUACGUUCAUCAUCGUCAUUAUGACAAUUUAUCUCUCAUGUCGUCCCUUUCGCCACUACUGGCAAAUAUACCCUGACCCUGGAAACGCAUGUCAGGCGGCGAUCUCGAAGCCAAUCCUUUGGGUAUCGUUCAUCUCGAAUGUAUCGACCGAUAUUUUCCUUUUCCUGAUACCAAUUCCUAUGUUGUGGAAGUCGAGCUUGAGACUUUUCAAAAAGAUCGCUGCAACGCUUGUACUUAGCGCUGGCAUACUUAUUGUUGUCUGUGCAACUCUAAAGAGCGUCUAUGUCAUAGUUGAUCCGACCAACGGUGGGCAAUUAGCAGCUGCGUGGGGUACUAGGGAAACCUUCAUCGCGGUCGUCACAACCAACCUUCCCAUGAUCUUCCCUCUCCUCAAAAGCUGGCUUGCGCCCUUUCUCUCAAGUACCAUUGGCUCCAGCAGUAACAACAAGGGCCAUAAAAGACCAGGUAGUGGAUUCGUAACCAUCGGUGGUGGUGGUGGUGGCGCAUCAAGUCGCAGUAGGCAGGGUUCGCAGAGUGCACGCUAUAUCACAACCAACAUUGCACAUGACAAUGAGAGCGAGGAACACAUUGCCAAAGCAAAUAGUGACAUGAAAAUGCAACAUUUGCAAACUGCUAGUCGUAUGUAUCAUUUAAUGAGUUUCAUCGUUAUGUCUAAACAAGUCUGCAUCACGAUCGAAGAUUGUAAUUGUAAAAAGUCUUUCCAACCUGUUUAG